GGCGGGAGCGCGCGCGCGCGGCGCCGACAUGCGCCAUGUCGGUUAGCCGCAGGUGGGCCGAGGACUACGUGUCGGUGCUGCUACCGGAGGUGGUCAGCGCGCGCAGUGUCGUCUCGGCGCUCCGACUCAGCGUGGGCCGUUCGGGCCGGUUGCUGUUCUACGGCGGCUUGCUGCUGGCGCUGGCCGUCUCGCUCAGCGCGCCGCUGCUGCUGGCGUUCAGCUGCGCCGCGUGCGUUGUACUGUCGACUGCCGCCGCCGCUUUGACACUCGAGUCGCUCGGCGGCCGCCACCUGUACCUGGUCCUGUGCGCAUGCGCGCUCGGUGAGCUGCUUCAGCUGGUGUGGCCAGGUGUGCGUCUGCCAGUGCUGGGCGGCGCGCUGCUGCUGUGGGGGCCGCGCUGUCUCGACGCUCGCCUGCUGGCUACCGUCGCGCUCUGGCUGCUGCUGUCGGCCGGCCGCCUGCUGCUGGCGGCGCCGCUGCUCUACUUGCUCUGCAGCCUGGGCGGCACCCUCGCGCUCUGGCUGCGGGUGCGUCUGGCCGUGCCGCUCUGUGAGCCGGCCGCCGCCGACGGGCGCGCGCUGACGCUGCGCCGCUGCCGCACCAGCAGCAGCUUCUCCUGGCCAGCCGGCAUGGGGCCCAAGAUGCGGCGCACCUCGCUGCCGGCCAUCUCGGUGCAGCGGAGCCAGCUGCCGCUGGCGGUACAGUCUUCCGUGAAUGGGAAUCGGAAUUCGCGGCUGUGUCCGGCUGUGUCCAGCCUUCUGGUCAACGUGGCACUGCGCUACCUCUGGCUGCCUGGUGCGUAUCAGUAUGCCCAGACGCCAUCUCGCCGCUGGCCCGUCGCGUCCGACGGCUUGCGCUGGCUGCUGGAGUAG